AUGUUUCAAAAUGAACUUGCAAAGGUAAAACUUCAUAAAAAAGAAGAGUUAUCACAAGAAAAAUCAAUAGCUAGAUUGAUAAAAUUUCUAAGUGCUAAUGAAAAAUCUCCUCUAAAAAAUUACCAUUGGAAAUCGCCAAAAGCUCUAACUCCCCCACCUCCGUGAGUGAACAAAAAAAUUUUGUUUACUCACGGAGGGGGUUAAUUUUUUUUAUAAAAAAUUUUUUUUUCGAAAUUCAAAACAAUCCUAAUUCGCAAAAUUGGAAAGCAAAUAUUAAUUUAACUCAUAAAAUUUAUGUUUUUAAAACGCAAUUUGUUUAAAAUUAAACAGAAUUAGCUCUAGAUUUCGUUAUGCUAAUUAUGACUUAUAUAUCAAAAUUUUUUUCCAUAAAACAUUUUUUCUAUUAAAAAAAAUUUUGUUCACUCACGGAGGGUAGGUUUUUGGGCAAAAAAUAGGGAUUUUUCCAAUGGUUUUGUUCACUCACGGAGGGGAGUAAGUAAACCACCAAUGAAUCUGCAAACGCUAAAUGACAAAGGAGUUGCUUUGCCCUCUUUAAGAAGCAUUGUUAAGCACAAAUUAUUUGACGCAAAUUAUCAAAGCCCUACAUUUUUGCUCAAUAAAGUAAGUUCCAUGCCUGAUUUCCGAAAAUUUAAAUUGAAGACAAAAAAGAGCCUCAAUGCAGCUGAAUUCGAAAACUAUACGAUAAGGCCUCAACUUUCUUUGAAAUCAAAAAAUAAGCCCAAAUGCUCAAAACAAAAAUUUAAUCCGAAAUUAUGCAUAUUAGGCAACACAAAACCAUUCAGUAUUAAUGAAGCUAGCAAACUAGAGAAUAGUGACGCUUUUACCCAGCCAAUAAGAGGUAAUAUAAAUAAUUUUCAAAUAACCCCAACCAUAAUGAAAUCUCAAGAUUUUGUUUUUCAGCCAGAACUUGAUAUGGUCCCUUUAUCCACCAAAUCUGAAAGCUUAAAGAAAAUUAAAGAAGUUAAAAAAUAUUCACGAAAAUUAAAAUUAGAGAGCCUUUCUUAUAACUCCAAGCCAAAGUUCCGAUCAAUACAGGUAGAGACUGAUUUUCAAGAUUUGCAUGGGUGGGCAGACAGUUCUUCACUAUCCAAAAGUAGAUAA